CCAGGGCCUCCCUGGACCGUCCGGGCCCGGCUUCCCGCCUCCCGGGCCAGGGGCGCCAGGGGAGCUUCUGGGACCCCUGCGUCUGGUCAGAGCUCUCGAGGGGGGCUGCCUUCCAGGGGAACUCUGUCCAGCCCCCCGCCCCGGAAGGCGUGCACCUAAAGCCAACAGCAAAGGGGACGUGUGCAGGGAAAGCCUCGCUUCAGCCCGCGCAGUGUCCCGGACCCGAGUCAGCAGCCGCCUGGCCCCCAGUUUCGCGUGACCCGUGCCUGGGUGCAGUGCCCUGCCCUCCACCUCCUCCUCUCUGGCUGCACUCCCGCCAUGGAGGAUGCAGAGAAGACGGAAGUGGUCCUCCUCGCGUGCGGCUCCUUCAACCCCAUCACCAACAUGCACCUCCGACUGUUCGAGCUGGCCAGGGACCACAUGAAUGGGACAGGAAGGUACCAAGUGGUCAAGGGCAUCAUUUCUCCCGUCAGCGACGCCUACCGGAAGAAAGGGCUGGUGGCUGCGCGCCACCGGGUGGCCAUGGCUGAGCUCGCCACCCAGAGCUCCCAGUGGGUGACAGUGGACGCCUGGGAGAGUCUCCAGAAGCGCUGGACGGAGACGGCGCAGGUGCUGAGGCACCAUCAGGAGAAGCUCCAGGCCAGCCACCAGGAAGACCAGCUGGACUCGCCUGUGCUGGAAAGGCCUGGACGGAAGAGGAAGUGGGCUGAAGAGAGACAGGAUCUAAGUCCAAAGAAGGCCCUGGAGCCCCCCAGAAAGGGUGCGCCCCGGGUGAAGCUGCUGUGCGGGGCAGAUCUGCUGGAGUCCUUCGGGGUCCCGCGCCUGUGGAAGAGCGAGGACAUCGCCCUCAUCGUGGGCCACUACGGGCUUGUGUGCGUCACCCGGGCCGGCAGCGACGCCCAGAAGUUCAUCUACGACUCGGAGGUGCUGUGGCAGCACCGCCACAACAUCCACCUGGUGAACGAGUGGGUGACCAACGACAUCUCGUCCACGCGCAUCCGCCAGGCCCUGCGCCGGGGCCAGAGCAUCCGCUACCUGGUGCCCGACCCCGUGCGGGACUACAUCGCGCAGCACGGCCUGUACAGCCACGAGAGCGAGGAGCUGAACGCGGGGCUCACGCUGGCCCCGCUGGAAAGGAACGCCGCCCCCUCCUAGGCGGCGGGCGUGCGGC